UGCUUCAAAACCAAGGGGUAUUACAUAACAUCUGGCAUGGAACAGGUUCAGAAAACAAAGAAAACAAACAAAACCCCAAAGAAAGCAAAAAGGAAGGUGUUCUUUUGUCCACAGCAUCUUGUUAAAGGGCAGAUUUCUCUCACAGGCGAUUUUGUAGGCUACUAGAAGUUCACAUGGGUUCAAUGAGAAACUGCAUUAUGUCAAAUGAGGACUAUUAGUAAGUAGACUGUCAUGAUGAGCUUAGAAUCAUGGAAUCAUUUAGGUUGGAGAAGUCUUCUAAGAUCAUUGAGUCUAAUUCCAAUGCCAUUCCCACAGUACUGCCAAGGCCACCAUUAAACCACGUCCUCAGAUGCCACCUCUACAUUUUUUUUAACACUUCCAGAGAUGGUGAUUCUACCACAGUCCUGGGCAGCCUCUUCUAGUGCCUGACCACCCAUUCUGCGAGGAGUAUAUCCCUAAUAUCUGUGAAAAAUGAGGUUCACUUUCCUAGUAAAAUUUAAAAAGUUUAAUAAAAAGACAGUAGGAGACAGAAAUAAAGCAAAGGGUUAAAAAUGGCUGGGUGCUUGGCAUUCAGCCAAGAGCACACUGUUAUCUUCGGAGAUACCCCUUAAAGACCUUUUCCAUUACAUCAGCCUGUUGCAUAUUCAUUACUCUUAUGCAUAUUCAUAUUUCUCCAUAAGCUAGUUUGCCUAUUCCAGGAACUAUUUUGCAUGGCCCCUGCUUGGAUCCGCCUUUUUAGAGCAGGUGUGUUUCUUGGCUGUGGUUUUGGUCCAUUCUCUUUACCACUUCUAGUUUGGGCCUUGAUCCAUACUUUCUUCACAUGGCAGAUGCUGAUAGGUGGCGUAUCAAUAGCAGGGUCCUCAUGACAUGUUCACUGGAUAUUAUCCCGACCAGACAGUUCACUCCUAACUAUAUCAGCUACUACCACUACCAUGUCUAAGUAUUUGUUAAUAGCAGAAAUAAAAGCAAAGUUAUUUUAACAUUGUACAUGUAGCAUUCAUCUUCAUAUUUGCAAAAAGCCAACAAUAUAAUAUGUAUUUAUAACAUAUCCAAACAAAACCACCCCUGGUGCAACAUGAGGCCAUUUCCCCUUAUCCUGUCCCGCGUUCGCUGGAAGCAUAGCCUAACCUGUCUGCACUCACAGUGCUUAACAUUUUUUUCUUCUCUCAGUUAUGGCAAAGCCAUAAAGGCUAACUGAUCCCAAAAUCCUGCACACCCUUAUUCUCAGAACAGCUAUCAUCUCUCCAGGAGUGGGCAGGUAAGGUCACUGACCCAGCAGAAAAAUAAUAGUACUGUAAAAAAGGUGUGCUGCCAGCUGUUAGCUGAAGCAGGUUCCCCGCAGAGUUGUGAGGCGCAGGGCCAGCCCCAGGACAGUGGUGGCAACGUGUGGGGAUUCUGAUCCGCUUCCAGGGGCUGCCAGCAGCUGGCAGGACUGAGCUUUUAAGCCAAGCCUGAACGAGGAGAGGCAUUUUAACAUCUCAUUUGGGGGCACUAGCAGAGAUGAGAACAGCUCAAAGCACGUGUCUGCUUCAGUUUCAGAACGAAUGGCCCCGCUGUGGCCUCUGCCCGCUGCCAGCAGCCUGGCGCAGCCACCAUCCCCCGCAGGGGUCGAGCUGGUGCUCCCAGGGCUGGAGGGGACCUCUCCGGACCGCAGCGCUGCCUCCUGUACAGGACGGUGUCGUCUCCAGACCCAAGGGCAGGCUCUGCAGCACCAGCAGUUCCCACAUGGAGUUUCUGCAGUUCUGCUUGCUGUGAACUUCUGGGCCACCAGGGAAACGCGAUGGAGUCUUGCCAGCCUCGUGCGAUGAACCGUCACUUGCCAGGACUCUCUCCAGUUUUCCCGAGACACUGAGUUGCUGCUUGAGGUCCUGACUGCUUCUGAUUCCUCACUGUGCUGCUGGCAGGCUGGGAUUGAUGUCCAGUUGGGGACACUGGGCAGAGCCAAGCCCAUCACCAUCCUCUGUGCCCUUGGCGGACUGGGGGAUCCCUCUCUCUAAAGGGGCUCCAAGUAAGCAAGGGACAGGCUUGGGGCUGUCCAUAUUCACUCUGGUGGGAAGAGCCACCUCCUUCACCCUUUCCACUUGGGAACCGUGUCACUGCUGGGGAUGGCACCGCAUGGAUGCAGAGCAAGGGCCAGCAGCCUGGCAGCAAGGUACUAAAUGACCCUGAGCACCAUCACAGGGCAUAGAGCUGCCUGGGGGGGUGCCAGCAUCCCCACCACGGACGCACUCCAGGGAUGUAGGUGCCGGGCGCAGGAGGAGUCCCGGCAGCAAUGGGCCGGCUGGAUGACCAUGCCAAGAGGAGGAUCGUGGAGCUGCGCAGGGCUGGGCUGAGCUUCCGCAAGAUCAAGAAGGUGCUGGAGCUGGAUGACAUCCGGGUGACACCGCAGGCCGUGUACCUCUUCCUCAAGAGGAAGAGUGUGGAGCCGGGCUCAGCAGCAGCUGGCUGGGAUAGGGACCAGCCCUGGCCCCCACUGCAGGGGCAUGAGGCUGAGCCCCCCAGGCUGCUGGGCACCCGGCACCCUGCACUGCCCACUGGGAAUCCUGUGGGCAGCCGGGCGCCCUGCUGUGCUGGCAGCCAGGACACCAAGGAAGGCAUCCAGAUUGUCAGUGUGGCCUCACUCUGCAAGGACGGUGGGCAGCUUGGGGACACUUUGGCUAUGGAGCUGGCCCCUGGGAAUGGUGAUGACAGCUCCACAGGCACAGCCCUCGCUCCAGGGACUGCUCUGAGGGGCCUUGCCCCCCUGCCCCAGCAACUGCCCAGCCAAGGGCAGCUGGUCACACCCCCCACCCAGAACUCAGCUCUGAUGGUGAAAAAGAAAACAUUGGACAGCCUGCAGAAAAAGGUCAAAGAUGCCAGCACUCAGACUGCCUUGCCAAACUCUGUGGGUCCAGGAAAUCACAGCCUUGCUUGGAGCAGACCAGUGCCCCCCACGUCUCCCAGCUGCCCUGCCAUUGCCGAGAAGCUGGAUGCUGUACAGAUGGAGGUGCAGAAGCUGAGCCAGGCCCUGCAUGCGGUGCUGGAGCGGCAGUGCCGCCUGGAGCGCCAGCAGGAGCACCAGCAACGGCUGCAGCAGGAGGUGCUGAUGACACUGCAGCAGCUCAGCUCCACCGUGAGCCACGGCACUGUGCCAGCCACCCAGCCCUGUGGCCCCUUCAGCAGCAUGGCUGAACCCUCGCCCAGCAUGCCAAACUUCAGCCAGUUCAAGAUGGAGCUGAUCUGAGCUCCCACAAGGCCUGUGUGUGCCAGCAGUACUGUGCUAAUGGAGCUGGGAGGAAGAACCAUCUCUCAGAGGCUGCCCAAGGAUUACAUGCAGCGCCCAGCAGAUAAGGUCCCUGGUGCCUCAUGUUCCCAGCCCUGCUGACUGGAGGGGGCUGCCUGGCGCAAGAGGCUGGACAGUGGAAGGCUGAGGCCUUGCUUCUCCUGUGCUACUGAUCCUGGCUGGCACUGGAACUGGCUGGGGCCCAUGGACCUCAGGAGAAGGCAGUUGGCUGCAAGGAGAGGAUGCAGCUAACAUAGACACAGCAGGGAGGUGGGACUCCAAGGAUACCGGAGGCUUCCUUCUCAUAAGGGUCAAUGCCAUGAUGAUUAAUCUUGCCCUCCCCUCCACAGAAGCUUGUUCAGUAAAAAUCUGUCUACGCAAUGGUUCAGAACCAGUAUGGGAUCAGUAUCUGCAUGUUCCCUACCCCUCACCUGGCCAGUGAGCAGGCUGGAUCUGUCUGGGCCACUAUCACCAUGCAUGGAACUGCACAGGGUGCAGAAACCCAAGAGGUGAGACCAGUGCUCCACACACAAUGUUGUUGGAGCCUGGUAUCAGCUGCUGCACCAUUAGGGAUAGAUCAGACUUGUAGGAAACAAUCUUUUACUGAACAGAUUCCACCCUCCUCACCCCACAAACCCAGCAGAUCUGGAUCUGGAGUCUGGUACUGCUGCUGCCCACCGUCUGGCGAGAUAUGGGCAGGACCAUACCAGUAAGAGUUGCACCUGGGCAGGAGCUGAUUAACUGGGUGUUCAGCUCUCCUCUAACUGAUUUUCCUGGGCAGGAUACCCUCUUGGUUGUGAUCCCCAGUUGCAAGGGCUCUCCCUAGAGCAGGCUGCUGGUGGUGCAGUGCUGCUCUAGCAGAGCAGGUCAUCAUGCUGAGAUGGAUGACCCCCUUGUCUGGACCAGAAGGGCAUGGAGGAGGCUGAUGGGCCCUCACUGAGCAGUGGAGUCCAGAAGGACCAGAGACUGGCCUUGCCUGCCAGCAGGAAAGGCCUGAUGGAGGUGGCCUUGGCUCAGCACCCAGUAGUGAAUCCCAAGAGGAGGCAGAGCAUGUGUCUUUCCUCCACAUCAGCCAGGCAGGCUUCUGUCUGCAUGGGCACCACGCUUGGCACAGCCUGUGCCUAUGAGAAGUCCCCAGCCUGUUUCUAAAGGUCUCUUUGAGACCAAGGUCAAAAUUAAGAAGGGUAAAAACCAGUUGAGGUGUUUGUACACAGACACACACAUGGAGCUGUACACACAUGCACAGAUGUAGAUGUAUGUGGCAGGUCUGUGCAGCAGCCCCAGUGCUUGGGGGAGCUGGACACCUGCUCUGCUGCCCCAAGACACAUUGCUGGUCCCAGGGCUGUCAGAUCCAGCUGUGCCCAGGAGAACUACAAGUUCUGCUGCCAUCUGCCUGCAGGCAUUUAUUUGGAUGUUGGUGUAAUUUUGGGGAUGUCUGAAAAGCAGCAGAUGAAGAAAAACACAUGAUCAGUUGCUCUGCUCUUUUGCACAAGGCAGCUAAUCUCUACCUUAGGUUUGAAAAGAAGAGGCUGGAUGACCAGCACUCAGCAGGCACAGCUCCCUAAUGUCUCUGUUAACGUUUCAGAGAAAAAGAGGAGCAGAACAACUGCUAUUCCCUGGCACAUGUACUUAAAUCCACGCUGCUUUCUGAAAGAGCUUCCCUAAAUCUGACUUGGGCUAUUUCUUAAAUUGUUACAAAAAAAAAAAAAAAAAGCAAAACAAACCAAAACAUACACAC